GCCGGGCGGGCUCGGUGCGGUCCCGCCACCCAUGGGCUGCGGCAUGGAAGGUGGCCUUGGCAUGCCGCCGCGACCACCCGGCAUGGGUGGGAUGCCGGGCAAUGUGCCUCGACCGCCCUUGCCUCUGAACUUGCCUCCAGGCAAAGGAGGCCCUAUGAACAAUUCCUUCGGCGGAGGCUGCGGAGGCUGUGGCUGUGGAGGUGGCUGCGGGGGCUGCGGCUGCGGAGGUUGUGGAGGCUGUGGCUGCGGCUGCGGAGGUUGCGGCUGUGGAGGCAAAGGAGCUUGGAAUGGCGGGGGUUCGUACGGAGGCUGCGGAGGCCCUGGCUGCGGUGGUUGUGGCUGUGGCGGCCUGGGCGGCGGUCCCGGUCUAGGUGGUGGCGGCCUUGGUGGCGGGGGCCUUGGUGGAGGCGGCAUGGGUGGCGGUGGCUUAGGUGGCGGCGGUCUCGGCGGAGGUGGAUUGGGAGGCGGCGGUUUGGGUGGCGGUGGCCUGGGUGGCGGCGGCCUGGGCGGUGGCGGUCUGGGUGGUGGCCCUAUGGGAGGUCCACCCAUGGGAGGUGGCCUCGGUGGUGGAUGCGGUGGUGGCUGUUACGGCAAGGGCGGUCCUCAGCAAUGGGGCGGCCAGCAAGGAUGGUGA